AUGCGAUUUAACCAUGGACAGCCGCAGCCCCGACAGGAGUCCCGAUUGGAGAGUCGCCUUGGCGGACCGGAUCGUAAAUCGGAGUUCAGACCGGACUACCGCUCCGACCAUCGCCACGACCAUCGCCACGACCAUCGAUCCGACCACCGCGAUCGACACGACUCGCGAGGUGAUUAUCGGUCGGACCAUCGUGGAGACUACCGAGAUUCCAGAGACUCGAGGCGUGACGGGAGAGACUACCGUGAUAGUCGAGAUCACCGUGAUGCACGAGGACCGCGGGAACACCGCGAUCCUCGCGAUGCCCGCCACCCGCGAGAUCGUCGUCCCGAACCGCGCUUUGAGAAAAGGCCGAAGCCGCCCCCGAAAGCUAUAUUCAGAAUCGUCAAGAAAGCCAAGCCUCGACCAUCCGUCAAGCCGGAAUUCCAGGGUCCUGGAUCCAUCUACUACCGAAAGCCUGGUAAUGAAUCGGUUGUGGGCUCCGGAACGUAUGGCAAGGUGUUUAAGGCGGACCAUAUCUAUACCAACAAUAUGGUGGCCCUCAAGCGAAUCAGAGUGGAGAACGAAAAAGACGGCUUCCCGGUGACCGCUAUUCGCGAGGUCAAGCUCCUGGAGCACCUGAGACACGACAAUGUCGUCCAAUUGCUUGAGGUCAUGGUCGAAGACAACCAUUGUUAUAUGGUAUUCGAAUACCUCAGCCAUGACUUAACUGGACUUCUAAACCAUCCGAGCUACAAGCUUGAUGAGGCUCAAAAGAAGGAUCUGGCGAAGCAGAUGUUUGAAGGCCUCGACUAUCUCCAUCAUCGAGGCGUCCUUCACCGCGACAUCAAAGCUGCCAACAUCCUCGUCUCCAAUAGUGGGCAGCUCAAGAUUGCUGACUUCGGGCUUGCGAGAUUCUAUUCGAAGGUCCGCCGUCUGGACUACACCAACCGCGUCAUCACGAUCUGGUAUCGGAGCCCCGAACUGCUCUUCGGCGAGACCCAGUACGGCCCAGCCGUCGACAUCUGGUCGGCGGCAUGCGUCCUCGUCGAGAUCUUCACGAACUACGCCAUCUUCCCCGGUGACGGCACCGAGCUGAACCAGCUCCAGAAGAUCUACGACGUCCUCGGCGCCCCCACCCUCGAGCAAUGGCCGGGCAUGCGCGACACCGCGUGGUACGAGCUCCUCAUCAACGCCUGCAAGCCCCGCGCGUCGACCUUCGAGUCCAAAUACCGCGACAAACUCACUCCCGCCGCCUACGAGCUCCUCACCAGCAUGCUCGACUACGACCCGGCCAACCGCCCCACCGCCAACGACGUCCUCGAGCACCCCUACUUCACCGUUGAGCAGCCGGCCGCCUCCCGCGCCGUCGAACUGGCCAACAUCCAGGGUGACUGGCACGAGUUCGAGUCGAAGGCGCUGCGCAAGGAGCGCGAGCAGAAGAAGAAGGAGAAGGAUCGGCACGAGCGCGAGCGCGAGCGGCAUCGGCAGAAGGAGCUGAAGCGGAGGGUCGACGACGGGGAUGCGCACGACAAGGGCGGCGAACAUGAUCGGAAGCGGAUAAGGAGCGAGCAGGAGAAGGACGCGGAGAGGGAUCCGUCGGGCGGGCUCCCCAGUCCGCGGAUCGAGGACCGUAAAGGGGACCUGAUGGAGGUGGAUCCGGUGUGA